CUGUGUUAGAAGUCAUGUUGAAGACCAGCUCAAGAAAGAGGUUUUUCACUUUUUAAAAUAAAUAAUAAUUGUGAAGAGAAAACAAAAGGCAAACAUUGUGAUUGAUGAAGACUUUGUCAAACUUAGUUCCCCAUCAGACAACCUGGCUUGGCUUGUUCAUAUUACUGUAACUUGUUGUAGCAGAAGCAAGACAUAAACAAAGUUAGAUCAGCUGCAAAGUGGAUGAAAACAAGGGGAACCAAGUCGUUGAGACGGUCGACAAUUAAAGGAUUAUGUGUGAGGCAGAACCAGAAAGGCAAAAAUGCAAUCAAAUUGCAUCAGAGAUGCAUCAAAAGCCUGUUUCAACACUUGCUGUGUAAAUCCUCUGCUUGGCCUGCCUGCGCCUCAUAGCUCCCCUACAAAGUCCGCAGCAAAUCCAGCAGUCAACGCUCGCCACAAAUUUGUCUCGGCCAUACUAUCCUCCAUUCAACCAAACACUGAUUUUACUAAUCAUGAGUCCAUCCCCUCAUUGCAAGAACUGCUCUCUAUCCUGAGAAAUGCACUCCCACAAUUCAUGGACACAGUUCUUGCAGACCAUAUUCGAGCUCAACAUUACUAUCACCUCUCCCUUUGGAAUCAUGUCUGUCUUGAUUACAUCGGCCACGGCCUCUUCUCCUACUCCCAGAUACAGAGUUGGAGUCCAACAACUGAUGCUGCCGUAUUAUCCUCAUCAUCAUCAGCAGAAGCAACGUCUUCCCUGAGUGCUGCAGAUGCUCCCUUCUUGGAAAUUUCUUACAACUCAGUGAACUUGAAUUCUUACUUGCUUUACGGCAGCCAAGAAUCGGAGUUCCAGGCGGCUAUACGGAAAAGAAUCAUGCGAUACAUGAAUGUGUUUGAAGAGGAUUACUCCUUGGUUUUCACAGCCAACCAGUCAUCAGCAUUCAAGCUUCUUGCAGACUCUUAUCCUUUCCAGCCAAAUCAAACACUUCUCACAAUCUACGACUACGAGAAUGAGGCGGUUGAAACGAUGAUCGAAAGCGCAAAAAGAAGAGGCGCUCGGGCUCAAUCAGCCGUCUUCUCAUGGCCUAAUUUCAGGAUCAACUCCAGGAAACUAAGGAAACUUGUUGUGCAAAAGAGCAGGCUGAAAAACCAAGGUCUAUUCGCCUUUCCCCUGCAAUCUAGGAUGACGGGAUCGCGAUACUCCUACCAGUGGAUGAACCUGGCAAGGGACAACGGAUGGCAUGUUCUACUUGAUGCAUCUGCAUUAGGAGCAAAGGAAAUGGAAACCUUAGGCCUCUCUCUUUUCCAGCCUGAUUUCCUCAUUUGCUCAUUUUUCAAGAUUUUUGGGCAAAAUCCAUCAGGUUUUUGCUGUCUGUUUAUCAAGAAAUCCAGCAUCCAAGAUUUAAGCCAAUCCUCCACAAGCAUGGGAAUUAUCAGCAUCAUACCAUCAAAGGGUCCAUUUCAAAAACUAGCCAUUGAUGAAACUCAACAGAUAACUGAAGAAACCCCUCCUGCACUCCAAGAAACUAAACCCUUCAUCAUCAAGCAGAAAGAGCCAUCAAAAUCUGAGAUAGAAGAACUGGAUGAAAAGCCCGAAGCCACCCAAAUUGCAAACAAGAAACACAGCACCACAAACACCUCAGGAAUCGAAUGUCGGGCCCUGGAUCACGCAGACAAACUAGGCCUUAUUCUGAUUAGCAGCAGAGUAAGAUACUUAAUAAACUGGCUGGUCAAUGCACUACUCAGUCUUCGGCAUCCGCAUUCCGAAAACGGGCUUCCUCUGGUCAGAAUCUACGGGCCAAAAAUCAAGCUGGACCGAGGUCCGGCACUCGCGUUCAAUGUAUACGACUGGAAAGGAGAACGGGUCGACCCCAUUUUAGUACAGAAGCUAGCUGAUCGAAACAACAUCUCUCUUACCUGCGGGUUCUUGAAAAACAUAUGGUUUUCGGAGAAUUUUCAGGAAGAAAAGGACAAAUUGCUGGAAAACAGAAAAAGGUUUCAAGAACUGAACCCAGAGGAGAAAAAGAAAGGGAAACAAGAUUGUGGGGUGGGUGUGGUUUCAGUUUCACUGGGAAUGUUGAGCAAUUUCGAAGACGUGUACAAAGUUUGGGGCUUCGUUUCGAGGUUUCUGGACGCAGAUUUUGUGGAGAAAGAGAGGUGGCGUUACACUGCUCUUAAUCAGACAACUGUUGAGGUUUAGACUUUAGAUUAGUGAAGAACUGUCGAAAUUCUUUGAUUUUUUUACUAUGUUAAUGUUAAUCAUGAGUUUUACUACUGUUUCUUUUGCUAUUGAUUGCUCUCUUCAUACGUAAUAACAAAGAUCAGAUUUU